ACAUUGUGUUGCCCACACGUUUACGAGAUUCAACUGUUUUAUCGAUCAACCAAGUCUUUUGAUCGACUCAGGAUCCAUUGAUUUAACUCUUUUACUACUUGUCAUUAUUUAAAUAAGAAAACUUCUGUGGAUCAUGUUUUCGAUUCGUCUAAUGAGUUGCUUAGUGUUAUUUUUUUUUGUAUUGUCCAUCACUUCGGCUGUUCCUGUUCAGGUAAAUCUUCAUGAGGAGCCAAUGGAACUUAAUGAAAUUUAUGCUUCACCAGAAUUCGUUGAAGCGUUAGCACGAACUUAUGCAGCCAUGAGUGGAACAAAGGGACAAAGCUCAGGAGAUAACACACAUGCUGUUCGUCGACAUCAAUCUGGCCGGCUGCUUUCGAGUGUGACAUUUGGAGAUAAUCGAGAUUUUGAUUUUCACAUCAGAAAACCAGAAUGGGCUAAUAGUAUAAACGGAAUGGAAAUUUAUGGAGGAUCAAUAAAACGUAAUAUUGAUGAGAUUGAUCGAUCAAGUUUUGAUAACUUUGUAAAAAGAAAUUUUGAUGAAAUCGAUCGAUCUGGAUGGGAUAGUUUUGUCAAGAGACGCAUAAUGAAUGCUUAUCUUGCAAGUCGACCGCAUUAGUCAAUAUUAUUUGAAUUUUUUUUUGUAGCACUGAAAAACUUCAAAAUCAAUGACUAUCACGAAAUAAACACGAUUUACCAUUUUGAGUAUUUUAAAAAAAGAACAUGAGCAAAUACUCGCAUAUUUAUUUUUCUGACUGAUAUUUAUUGCAGUAUUUAAAAAAAAAAAAAAUAAGAAAAUAAUGUUAAGAAUUAAAGAUUGAAAAAAAAAAAUUAUUAAUUAUUAAGUAAUAAUACUAUCUUUUCAAUCUUCGAUUAUAUUGAUGGAAAAUAUUGAAACAAUGAUGACUUAAAAAGAUACUAUCAAACACAAUAUAAUUCUAUUUAAUGACAU